AGUGAAAGUGACGGCGAUUCGCAUCCACUGUACUUUUUUUUUUCGAGUGCAAUAAACUUUAUUGCUAUGAACAAAAUUGAUUACCUGCCGUUACUGUUGAUAGAGUCAAUAUUCUCCGUGGCAACCAAACAACUUUGCUGAGAUGGUGAGGUAGCAGAGAGCACUUGGAGACCAGCCGUACCACAAUGGGGACAGCCUCAUCCCUGGUGAGCCCUGGAGAGGUGAUUGAGGAUACUUAUGGUGGUGGAGGGGGAGAAGCUUGUGAGAUUCCUGUAGAAGUGAAGCCCAAGGCACGUCUUCUCCGCAGUUCUUUCAGACGUGGUCCUAGGGUUAUUGGAGCUAGCUUUAAAUCCACUGCAUCAGUGGACCUGGAAUAUGCUGCCGAAUAUGAACGGCUGAAGAAGGAGUAUGAGAUAUUCCGUGUUAGCAAGAAUAAUGAGAUUGCUUCCAUGCAGAAGAAAGAGGUGAAGCUGGACGAGGAGAAUAAGCGGCUGAGAGCAGAGUUACAGGCUCUUCAGAAGACUUACCAGAAGAACCUGAGAGAGAAGGAGAGUGCGGUUGAAGCCAAGUACCAGGCUGUGGAGAGAGCUGCUACCUUUGAACAUGACAGAGAUAAGGUGAAAAGACAGUUUAAGAUCUUUAGGGAAACAAAAGAAAAAGAAAUCCAAGAUUUACUCAGAGCCAAAAGAGACCUUGAGGCCAAGUUUCAAAGAUUACAAGCCCAGGGGAUACAAGUGUUUGAUCCUGGUGAAUCUGAUUCUGAUGACAAUGACACAGAAGUGACAGUCCCAGGAACGCAGUGUGACUACUGGACCAGUGGAGCCUUGGGCAGCGAACCCUCCAUGGGCAGUAUGAUGCAGCUGCAGCAGUCCUUCCGGGGCCCAGAGUUUGCUCACAGUUCUAUUGAUGUUGAAGGACCAUUUGCAAAUGUAAAUAGAGAUGACUGGGAUGCAGCAGUGGCCAGCUUGUUACAGGUCACACCUCUCUUCUCACAGUCUUUGUGGAGCAACACUGUGCGUUGUUAUCUAAUAAGCACUAAGGACACCCAGACGGAAGUGGAUGUGUUCCUGAGGGAGUAUUCACCAAAGCUUCAGAGGAUGUGUGAAACAUUGGGCUACUUUUUUCAAGUGGUAUAUUUUCCUGAGGAAUGUGAAAACACUUAUGCUGCUGUGCGAAAGUGGGAAAUUGAGAAAAGUUCCUUAGUGAUAUUACUUAUGUCUUCCUCCUUCAGUAGCAUACAAUGCAGCUUACUCUGGGAAGACUGUAAAGAAGCAUUUCUGAAAAAUACAGAGGCCAAGCCGAGAAUUGUUUAUCACAGAAUAGAUGAUGGUGGAAGAAGCCCUGAUUGUAUCCAGCAGCUAAUGGAGGAGGACCCUAAUAAAGCAAAUAAAACUAAGAUCAUUGAGCACAAUGGAGAGCCUGAGGAAGGAGCAUAUACAACCUACUGUCAUGUAGAGCAAGUAAUAAAGCAGGAUUUGUUGGGUGUUGAGAUCUCUGACCCAGAUGUCAAAGAUGAUCCAGCAAUUCAAGAAGAUGAUGAUUUUGGGGAUGUUUUAUGGGAUGCUCAUGAUGAGCAAGAGCAAAUGGAGGCUUUUCAGCAUGCAUCUCAGUCUACAUGUGAGCUGGGUUUUGAGAAAUACUAUGAUCGCUUGAAUGAUUUAGUAGCUGCUCCAGCACCCAUUCCACCACUACUUAUAUCAGGAGGACCCGGUUCUGGAAAAUCUCUUCUCCUUUCAAAGUGGAUCCAACUUCAGCAGAAACAUUCACCAAACACUCUUAUGUUGUAUCACUUUGUUGGCAAGCCAAUGUCAACCAGCUCCGAGCCGGCUUUGAUCAUAAAGAGACUGACUCUCAAGCUUAUGCAACAUUCUUGGUCUGUGUCAUCGUUUUCCAUGGAUCCGGGAAAGUUCUUGGAAGAAUUUCCUCACUGGCUUGAAAAGCUUUCCAGUCGCUAUCAAGGCAACAUCAUUAUUAUUAUUGACUCGAUUGAUCAAAUAGAGCAAUCUGAAAAGCACAUGAAAUGGCUGAUCGAUCCCUUACCAGUAAAUGUUCGUGUCAUUGUUUCUGUGAAUGUUGAAACAUGUCCACAAGCAUGGAGAUUGUGGCCAACUCUCCAUUUAGAUCCACUGAACCCAAAGGAUGUGAAGUCUCUUAUAAAUGUUGAAUGCAGUGCAACCAGUAUUUUAUUAACCAAAGAACAGGAGAGAAAAUUGGAAAGACAUUGCCGAUCUGCUACAACCUGCAAUCCUCUGUAUGUAACUUUGUUAGCUAAAAUACUGAUCUGGGCUGCGAACAUGGGGGAUGUUACAGAUGUCUUGCAGCUUUGUCUACAAUGCCAGGAUACGGUUUCAUUGUAUCGACUUGCACUUCAUACAGUGCAGGAAUUUCUACCCUCUGCAAAAGAUAAGGAACUCAUGAGAGAGAUUCUCUGUCUGAUCAGCAUAAGCCACAAUGGAGUGAGUGAAUGUGAACUGAUGGAGCUCUGCAUUGGGCUGACAUGGCCAAUAUUGACAUUUUUGGUGUAUCAUCUUCAUAAGGUGGUUGUACUUAGAUAUAGCUGUGGACUACUUCAGUUUCAACAUCUCCAGGCAUGGGAAGCUGUAAGACUGGAGUAUAUGCAAGGAGGGCACAAUAUUGUGUCUGAGUACAGGGAGAAAAUCAUACAAUACUUCACCACUCAGUUAAGUCGAGAGAGAGUGACAUGGAGGAGUGCAGAUGAGCUCACAUGGCUUUUCCAGCAACAAGGGGAGAAGCAGAUGCUCCACCGAUGUCUUAUGAACCUGUUUGUAUCACAGAAUCUUUACAAAAGGGGACAUUUUGCUGAAUUGCUUAAUUAUUGGCAACUUGUUGGAAAAGACAAGAACUCAAUGGCUACAGAAUACUUUGAUGCUCUAAAGCAAUAUGAAAAAAGCUGUGAAGGAGAGGAGAGCAUGACCUGUUUGGCAGACCUGUAUGAAACACUUGGGCGUUUUCUCAAAGACUUAGGGCUUCUCAGUCAGGCUGUGACACCUCUGCAGCGUUCACUGGAGAUCAGAGAGACUGCCCUAGAUCCGGAUCACCCCAGCGUGGCACAGUCUCUGCACCAGCUGGCAGGAGUCUAUUUACAAUCCAAGAAAUUUGGAAAUGCUGAACAGCUGUAUAAACAAGCUCUAGAAAUAAGUGAAAAUGCCUAUGGUAGUGAACAUCUGAGAGUAGCCUGGGAGCUUGAUGCAUUGGCUGUGCUGUACCAGAAGCAAAACAAAUAUGAACAAUCUGAACAACUGAGGAAAAGAUCAUUCAAAAUUCGACAGAAAGCUGCAAGAAAGAAAGGGAGUGUGUAUGGGUUUGCUCUAUUAAGGCGUCGCGCACUUCAGCUGGAGGAACUGACACUGGGCAAAGACACUUCAGAUAAUGCGAGAACCCUGAACGAACUGGGAGUUUUGUAUUACUUGCAGAACAACCUAGAAGCAGCAGAAAUGUUUCUUAAGCGAUCAUUGGAAAUGAGGGAACGCGUGCUUGGUCCAGAACAUCCUGACUGUGCCCAGUCUUUAAACAAUCUAGCUGCACUAUACAAUGAGAAAAAGCAGUAUGAUAAAGCGGAGGAACUAUACGAGCGAGCAUUAGACAUCAGGCAGAGGGCUCUGUCUCCAGACCACCCAUCACUGGCCUACACUCUGAAGCAUCUUGCUGUGCUCUACAAAAGAAAAGGAAAGCUUGAUAAGGCGUCGCCUCUUUAUGAACUGGCUGUGGAAAUCCGUCAGAAGUCAUUUGGCCCAAAACACCCCAGUGUUGCAACUGCCUUGGUAAAUCUUGCUGUAUUAUACUGUCAAAUGAAAAAACAAGUGGAAGCCUUACCUCUAUAUGAGCGUGCCAUGAAGAUUUAUGAAGAUAGUCUUGGUCGGAUGCACCCAAGGGUAGGAGAAACCCUGAAAAACCUUGCCUUAUUAAGGUAUGAAGAAGGGGAUUUUGAGAAAGCAGCAGAGCUUUAUAAAAGAGCAAUGGAAAUCAAAGAAGCAGACACCUCUGUAGUAGGCACGAAGGCUCCCUCUGGCCAUUCUUCUAGCGGAGGCGACACAUACAGUCUCAGGAACACUUUACCAAGAUUAAGUACAGAGGAUGAACAGAUGAUAACUCCUUUUUAGUUCCAAUUCAGAAGAGCCAAGAACUAUUAUAACAAUGCGUUACACUAGGACACACAGGAAUGAUGAACCUUGACCUCAG